UAUAUUUUUUAUAUAUAAAUUACCUGAGGCUGGCUCGUUUAGCUGACUCACGGCUUACUACAUGCACACAAAGCAAAAAAAACAACACUGGUUUUUUUAAAUUCCUCCCCUCCUCAAUUCCGUUACCGUCACCGUCCACCUCCGUUACUCUCAUCCUCACUGUUCAUCUUCUCCGAUCCAACUCCCGUCGUUAACCGUAUGAAGCACGCCGUCAACGGUUCCUUUUCUCCGGGAUCUUCCCGUCCUUCCCCGUCGUCGCUUCCCCGAGAAGAUUGCUGGAGCGAGGAAGCGACCUUCACGCUAAUCCAAGCCUGGGGCUCUCGCUACGUCGGCCUCAGCCGCGGCGGUCUCCGUCAGAAUCACUGGCAAGAGGUGGCCAACGCCGUCAACGGCCGUCACUUCAACACCGGCCGAAACGUCUCCGCCGCCAAAUCGCAGCCCCGCCGCACCGACGUCCAGUGUAAAAACCGGAUCGACACGCUGAAGAAGAAGUACAAAGUCGAGAAAGCUAGGGCUUCCGGCGCCGGCGGCGCUGGCUACGUCAGCUCGUGGCCUUUCUUCUCCGAUCUCGACGACCUUCUCGGAGAAACCUUCCCGGCGUCUAGCUCUACUCCGUCGCUGCCGAUGGCGAUCGUUCCGGUUCCGGUCGCUCCACGAUCGGCGAUCCCCAGACGUCCGGCGCCGUCGCCGGCGAUUAUGCGAAUCGGAGGGGAGAAUUUGCUCGGAAUUCGCGGGAAUCUCAACGCGUUCGCGGCGGCUGCGGCGGCGGCGGCGUAUUCUCCGGCGUAUGGAGAUGAUUCAGAUGGGUCGAGGUCGAGAUCGAGCGGAGGAGGAGGGAAGAGGAGGAAGCGCGAGGAGAAGCGAGGGUACAGGGAAGUAGCCGAAGCAAUAGAGAGGCUUGGGGAGAUAUACGAGAGGGUGGAGGAGAGGAAGAGGAAGGAGAUGGUGGAGCUGGAGAAGCAGAGGAUGCGAUUCGCCAAGGAGUUGGAGUGCCAUAGGAUGCAGCUCUUCACCGAGAUGCGUCUUCGUCUGCACAAACUCAGGCGGACCAAAGGUCCGACAUCUUCCGGUGAGACAUGAAGCCCUUCUCUGGUCGUGCAAUCUCAGGCAUGGUUUUCUUCUGAGUUGAGAUUCUUAUAGCGUGAUAGUAGGGGUAUUAGUCAUUGUGAAUGAUCCAGGUUUCCGACAUCUAAGACUUGGAACAGAGUAUUGGUUCUUUCUUGGGUUUUGUCGGAAUGUUGUUUCUGUUUCUUAUUACCAACUGAUAUGAGUAGUAGUUGGGUAGCUGAACAAAGCUGAAUCUGUUUCUUUGUUUACUACUAUAGCUUUUUUUAAGCAUCGAAUGGUGUAUGUAGUGGUAACUAGGAUGGUUUUCUCAAUUGAUAAUGUCUCUUUUAAGCA